GCUGCACCGGCGACUGCCGCUGUUCCAGCAUGCAUACAUCUGGCCAUUCACAUUUGUGUACCCGGCGUGGCUAUACAUUUACACGAUGCGGUACGAGGAAUACCUCGGUUCGCAGGAGUUUACGUUCCUGUCGCUGAUGCUCGUGAUCAUGGCGCAGGCAUUGGUGUUUCUGAUGUGUCAGUGGAGCAUCGAUAUGCGCGCAAGGCUCACCUGCCAGCGCGUCAAGGACCCGUACGAGGCCGAGCUGGUCAAGGUGAUUGCAGCGAAGCAUCUGGGCAAGAGCGCUAUGUGCGCCAUGGAUUUCGGCAUCAACGUACAUGACGAGACCCGCCCGCAGCUGUCGUUCCUGUUCCAGGCGCUAAAGUACAUUUACGACGAGAACAAGCGGAUUUUCAGCCCGGUCACGUACCCGUCUGACAGCAAGCCGCCCCUGGGCGAGCUGCAAAAGUCGGUCGGGCUCUCGGGCGAGCUGGCCAUCAAGGAGGCGCUGGAGACAUACGGCGCCAACAAGUUCCUGAUCCCGAUCCCGACCUUUGUCGAGCUGUUCAAGGAGCACGCGGUGGCGCCGUUCUUUGUGUUCCAGCUGUUCUGCGUCGGCCUGUGGUGCAUGGACGAGUACUGGUACUACUCGAUCUUCACGCUGGUGAUGCUGGUCGUGUUCGAGUCGACCCUGGUGUUCCAGCGCCUGCGCACGCUGCGCGAGUUCCGGUCGCUGUCGAUGCAUCCGUACAAGAUCCAGGUCCUGCGCAGCGGCAAGUGGACCGAGGUCACCACCGAAGACCUGUGCCCUGGCGAUAUCAUCUCCGUGGUGCGCUCGGCCGAGGACAGCGGUGUGCCGUGCGACGUGAUUCUGCUCGAGGGCUCGUGCAUUGUCAACGAGGCUAUGCUGUCGGGCGAGUCUACGCCGCAGCUCAAGGAGUCGAUCCAGCUGCGCCCUGCCACCGAUCUGCUGGACAUGGAGGGGGCCGACAAGGCCAGCAUGCUGUUUGGCGGUACCAAGGUUCUGCAGGUCGACUCGCCGGCAGCAGCCAGCAAGAUCGCCACCCCCGACGGCGGCUGCGCGUGCUACGUCCUGCGCACAGGCUUUGGCACAGCCCAGGGCGAGCUGGUCCGCACCAUGGUGCACAGCACCGACCGUGUCUCUGCCGACAACAAGGAGUCGUAUCUGUUCAUCUGCUUCCUGCUCAUCUUCGCCAUCAUGGCCUCGGCGUACGUCUGGGUCGAAGGCACCAAGGACACGCGGCGCUCAAAGUCCAAGGUUCUGCUUGACUGUGUGCUGAUCAUCACCUCGGUGGUUCCGCCCGAGCUGCCCAUGGAGCUGUCGAUGGCGGUCAACUCGUCGCUGAUGGCGCUGUCCCGCUUUGCCAUUUUCUGUACCGAGCCAUUCCGCAUCCCUCACGCCGGAAAGAUCGAUAUCUGCUGCUUUGACAAGACUGGCACUCUGACCGGCGAGGAUCUGGUGGUCGAAGGUGUUGCUGGUUCGCCUGGAUCCCCCGACCCGUCGUCGCUGGGUGACGCCAAGACACUGGGCCGCGACGCGACACUGACCCUGGCCAGCGCCCACGCCCUGGUGCAGCUUGAGGACGGCGAGCUGGUCGGCGACCCGAUGGAGCGCACGCAGCUCGACGCGGUUGGCUUCAAGCUGGUCACCAGCGACAUCAUUGUGGCCGAGUCCAACAGCAAGGUUGACUUUGCGCAGAAGCUCGGAAUCAGCUCGGACAAGAUCAAGAUCACGGUUGCUCGGCGGUUUGCGUUCUCGUCAGCGCUCAAGCGCAGCGCGACGCUGAGCCAGGUCACGGGCCUUGGAUCGAACGUGAGCAAGGCCAAGCACAACUACUUUGUGGCGGUUAAGGGUGCGCCCGAGACGCUGCGCGGCAUGCUGCGCUCGGUGCCGUCCUGGUACGACGACACCUACAAGGCAUUCAGCCGCCGUGGUGGACGUGUUCUGACGCUGGGCUGCAAGUGGAUGCCGCGCGAUGCCGCGUACUCGGAGCAGGAGACCAACGACCUGGCCCGUGACGAGAUCGAGUCGCAGCUCGAGUUCCAGGGCUUCCUGGUCUUCAGCUGCCCGCUCAAGCCCGACUCGGCCGAGGCAAUCAAGAUGCUCAACGAAUCGUCCCAUCGCUGUGUUAUGAUCACUGGCGACAGCCCCCUGACUGCGUCGCAUGUCGCUCGCGAGGUCGGCAUUGUCGACCGCGGCGUCCUGGUGUUUGAUGCCCCGCAUGCGUCCGAGGUCGAGGACCCGGCCAGCCGUGUGGUUACGUGCACGUCCAUUGACGAGUCAGUCCAGUUCGACAUUGACCUCUCGGAUUCUGAGCGCAUGCAGCGGGCCAUGGACGGCUGGGACCUGUGCCUGACCGGAGCCGCGCUCGAGGUGCUUGGGGCGACUGGUCUGUGGAAGUCGUACCUGAUGCACCACGCGUGGAUCUACGCCCGCGUCAGCCCGUCGCAGAAGGAGUUCAUUCUGACAGAGUACAAGCUGGCGGACUACAUCACGCUCAUGUGCGGUGACGGAACCAACGAUGUCGGCGCGCUGAAGCAGGCCCACGUCGGGGUUGCCCUGCUGAACGGAAACGCCGAGGACCUGCAGGCCAUUGCCGAGCGCCAGCAGAUCAACCGCCUGAAGCAGGCCUACGACGCGCAGUGCAAGAUCGCGAUGCGCUUCAAGCAGCCGCCGCCCAUCCCGCCGCCCAUGCUCAAGGCGCACAUGGACAAGCUGGCAGCCAAGGAGAAGGAGCGCGAGAAGGAGCAGCAGGAGGAGCGCCGCCGCAUUCUUGCUGCCGGAGGAUCGGUGCCCAAGAGCUGGAUCGAGGAGGACAAGAAGCGCAGCGAGGCUGCCAAGAAGGCACAGGAGAUUGAGCGCGACACCGCCCAGCAGCGCACAAGCGCCAACCCGCAGGCCGAGCAGCUGCACGCAAAGAUGAACGAAUGGCUGAUGCAGAUGGACACCAUGGAGGACGAUGUGCCUGUGCUCAAGUUUGGCGAUGCCUCGGUUGCUGCCCCCUUCACGUCCAAGCUGGGCAGCAUCAACGCCAUCUGCAACAUUGUGCGCCAGGGCCGCAGUACGCUGGUGGCGACCACGCAGAUGUACAAGAUCCUGGGUCUGACGUGUCUCAUCUCGGCGUACAGCAUGAGCGUGCUGUACCUCGAGGGCAUCAAAUUUGGCGACUGGCAGGCGACUAUCAUGGGCGCCCUGAUGUCUGUGUGCUUCCUGUGCAUCUCCAAGUCGUCGCCUCUCGAGAAGCUGUCGCGCGAGCGCCCUACCGCCAACAUCCUGAACCUCUACAUGCUGCUGACCGUGCUUGGCCAGUUCGCUGUGCAUGUCGGCGCCUUGGUCUACCUGACGCUGCAAGUGCGCAAGUACGAGCCGCCUGGCGAGGUCGACGUUGAGGGCGAGUUUGAGCCCAGCCUGCUCAACACCGCCAUGUAUCUGAUCUCUCUGUCGCAGCAGGUGUCGACCUUUGCCAUCAACUACCAGGGCCACCCGUUCCGCGAGUCGCUGAAGGACAACAAGGUUCUGUACCGCGGCCUGGUCGGCGUGGCCAGCAUUGCUGUGGUGUGCGCGACCGAGACCAUCCCUGACUUUAACGAGUACUUGAAGCUGGUGCCCAUGCCGUCGUCGUUCCGCGACACUGUCUGCAUGAUCAUGGUGGUUGACUUUGUCGGCGCCUAUGCCAUCGAGAAGCUCUGCGCCAUGCUGUUUGCGGACUACUCAGCCAAGCCCAUUGCCUACCGCGAGCCCGUUGAGGCUACUGUUGCGGCGCCCGACUACGCGUCCAAGGCCGAGGUCAUCUCUCAGGCCGAAAAGUAAGCCCAGCCCCCUUUUAUUUCUUUUCUACCACCAAAACAACAAAUACAUCAUCCGUCAGCCAUGCGCUACUCCAGGCGCGGCCGCUUCGCGCCUCUGCUCGUCUUGAUGGCCUGUGCGCAGUCGCUGCAGUACCAUGUGUCGUGGGCCA